CGUGUUUCCCGCGAACGGCUUGCGUUUGCGCCGUGACGCUCAGUAGCUGUACGCUAGCUGGUGGAGGAAGGUUGGGGGUGGUUGUCGUCGGAGUUAUUUAAAAUACAAACACAGGGAAACAGACUUUCAACUCGCACACAUGGCGAAGCAAAGCUCGCUUUUUAAUUUCUUCACCAAGUCUCCGCCGCUAGUCGCCAAAGCGAAGCCGAGUCCCUCCCCGGCGGAGGCAGACCUGCCUUCCUCUGUAGAGAAGUCCAACUCCUCUCCGAAAGAGCAAGCUCAACAGACUCCGCAGCAGACAAAAGACACCAACAAAGCUAAGAAGGAAAGUAAGUCCAAGCCAGCGAGCGGAGGAUUCAAGAAACUGUUUGGCGACAAGGCCCAAACAACCAAAGAAAGCAGCCCUCCAUGCUUAUUCAGUGCUGGCGCCCUUGUGUGGGCAAAAAUGGAAGGGCACCCCUGGUGGCCGUGCAUGGUGGUACCCCAGCCUCUGACUGGGCAGCAGAUGAGGGGCCAUGGUCGUGACCAGCGCAUACAUGUUCAUUUCUUUGAUGAACCUCCAACAAGAGGAUGGGUCAGCUCUAAUAGAGUCAGAGAGUACCAAGGCUCUGACAGCAGUGAUGCUAAACCUGGAGGAGUCUACUUCUGUGGCAAACCUUUAAUUCGUCGUGCAAUGGAGCUGGCUGAUGGAGUUAUGUUUGACAGCCCAGAAAAAAGAUUAAAGAUGCCUCUCUGCACGGACCCAUCUGAUGUAGAAGAGGAGGAGGAAGAUGAAGAAAUGGAGCUUGACAGCUUAGUAGUGACUGAUGAAGAGGGCAGUGAUGAGUAUGACAACAAAAGCGAAGCCCUGAAGCCAUUCAAAGUCAGUGCAAGUUUAUUCUGUGCAUUAAUGGAAAAAGGAAGCAAAGCCAAGCGCCGUCGCAUUAUUGCGGCCUCAGAUAGUGACGGAUCAGAUGAGGAUUUCAAACCAGAACACGCUGCGUCCAGCAGUGAGGAUGAAGAGGACGGAGGGGGGGAAAGCUGUGAAGAGAAAGAAGAGAGCACCGAAAAGUCAGACGUGGAAAGCCCCAUCAAGCCUGCCAAGCGCAAACGUCCUGCAGAAAAGUCAGCUAAAACAAAAGCAAAGACAUCUACUGCUCCAUCUGUUACGCCUAAAAGCAUUCCAGCAGCAGUUGCGACUGACACAAAAUCUCGUUUGUCAGCCUUCUCUGCUCCCGAGAGCUUUGAGAGCCAGGCGAAUGGAUCAGGCUCCACUGCAGGGGCAACAGUUUGGGAUCAUGAGAAACUGGAGUGGUUGCAGGACGGCAAGAGAAAAGACGGCAAACGGCGGCGACAGACAGAUGAUGACUAUGAUCCUAGCACCUUGUAUGUGCCAAAUGACUUUAUGAAUGAAAUCACUCCUGGUAUGCGUCGGUGGUGGCAGCUCAAAUCUGAGAUGUUUGAUACAGUGAUUUUCUACAAGGUGGGAAAGUUUUAUGAGCUCUACCACAUGGAUGCUGUGAUUGGAGUCAACGAGAUGGGACUGACAUUCAUGAAGGGGACUUGGGCGCACUCUGGUUUUCCAGAGAUUGGCUUUGGACGUUUCUCAGAUGUACUGGUGCAGAAAGGCUACAAGGUGGCUCGUGUGGAGCAGACAGAGACCCCAGAGAUGAUGGAAGCGCGCUGUAAGACGAUGCUCAAGCCCACUAAAUUUGACCGUGUAGUGAGAAGAGAAGUGUGCAGGAUUAUCACACGUGGUACCCAAACCUACAGUGUGUUGGAUGGUGCUCCUUCAGAGAGCCAGAGCAAGUUCCUCCUUAGUUUGAAAGAAAAGGCUGAAGAAGAAGGCUCCGGCCGCUGCCGCACAUAUGGAGUCUGUUUUGUAGAUACAUCAGUGGGUUGUUUUCAUGUCGGUCAGUUCUCAGAUGAUCGUCACUGCUCACGCCUGCGUACCCUCAUAGCACACUAUGCCCCCGCUGAGGUGCUCUUUGAGAAAGGAAACCCAUCUGUUGAAACUCGCAAAAUACUCAAAGCCUCUCUGUCCUCUGCUCUGCAGGAAGGACUUAAUGCAGGAACACAGUUCUGGGAUGCUCAGAAGACUCUGAAAACCCUCUCAGAGGAAGAUUAUUUUAAAGAGGCAACUGGCAAGGAGCAGGGGACUGGGAGCAGCUUUCUCCCCGCUCUUCUAAAAGAGAUGACAUCUGAGAGUGAUUCACUGUGCCUUACUCCUAAGGAGGGCUAUGAACUAGCACUGUCAGCUUUGGGUGGAUGCAUUUUCUACCUGAAGAAAUGCUUGGUGGACCAAGAGCUGCUCUCCAUGGCUAACUUUGAAGAAUAUGUCCCAGUUGAUGUUGAGAUGGAGAAAGCUGCAGGACCUGCCAGUUUCUUUGCCAAGACUCGUCAGCGUAUGGUGCUUGAUGGAGUGACUCUGGUAAACUUGGAAAUCUUUCAGAAUGGGUCAGGAGGAACAGAAGGGACACUGCUGGAGCGUUUGGACACCUGCUCUACUCCGUUUGGAAAGAGGCUUCUGAAGCAGUGGCUCUGCGCUCCUCUGUGUAACCCCACAUCUAUCAGGGACAGAUUGGAUGCAGUGGAGGACCUGAUGGGAGCUCAAGCCCAGGCUACUGAGGUUUCAGACCUUCUAAAAAAACUUCCAGAUCUAGAGCGCCUGCUGAGCAAAAUCCACAGUAUCGGGACACCUCUGAAGAGCCAGGACCACCCUGACAGCAGAGCAGUUCUCUAUGAGGAAGUGACCUACAGCAAGCGCAAGAUAGCAGACUUCCUCUCAGCACUGGAAGGUUUCAAAACGAUGCAGGACAUCAUUUCUCUCUUUGCUCCAGUUUCAGGCGAGUUUCAUUCCACGUUGCUUUGUCAAGUUAUCAGCCUCAAUAGCGAAAAGAACGGCCUCUUUCCCGACCUCUCUGGUGAACUCAAACGCUGGGACACGGCCUUUGACCACCAGAAAGCCCGCACUACUGGAGUAAUAACCCCCAAAGCUGGCUUUGACCCAGAGUACGACCAGGCUCUGACUGGAAUCAAGAACUGUGAACGAGAGCUGCAGGAUUAUCUGGACAGACAGAAGAAGAGACUUGGCUGUAAAAGCAUGUCCUUCUGGGGAACUGGGAAGAACCGCUAUCAGAUGGAGGUUCCUGACAGCGUCUCAGAGAGGAAUGUCCCUGAAGAGUAUGAGUUAAAGUCUACAAAGAAAGGCUGGAAGCGUUAUGUGACAAAGGAGACUGAACGGAUGUUCUCAGAGCUGCAAGGAUUUGAGGAGAAGAGAGAUGCUGCACUCAAAGACUGCAUGAGGAGGCUCUUCUAUAACUUUGACAAGAACUACAGUGACUGGAAGACUGCUGUGGAGUGCAUGGCAGUGCUUGAUGUGCUGCUGGCCUUAUCUCGCUACAGCCAGGGCAGUGACGGGCCUAUGGCCAGGCCAGAGGUCGUGCUUCCCGAGGAUGACGCCCAGGUUGCACCCUUCAUUGACCUCAAGGGAUCCCGUCAUCCCUGUGUCACCAAGACCUUUUUUGGCGACGACUUCAUUCCUAAUGACAUCUUCAUUGGCUGCCCUGGCACCGGUGAAAAUGGUGAAGAUGACAGUCUGGCCUCUUGCGUCCUCGUCACAGGGCCAAACAUGGGUGGAAAGUCUACUCUAAUGAGACAAUGUGGACUCGUGAUCAUUCUUGCCCAGCUGGGUUGCUACAUUCCAGCUGAGAGCCUCCGCUUCACGCCAGUUGACAGGGUCUUCACUCGGCUGGGCGCCUCAGAUCGUAUCAUGGCUGGAGAAAGCACUUUCUUUGUGGAGCUGAGUGAGACUUCCAGCAUCCUGCACCAUGCCACUAAACACUCACUUGUGCUUCUGGAUGAAUUAGGAAGGGGCACAGCCACAUAUGAUGGCACAGCAAUCGCCAGCGCUGUUGUCAAGGAGCUUGCUGAGAAGAUCUGCUGUCGCACUCUGUUCUCUACACAUUACCACUCCCUGGUGGAGGACUAUGCCAACAACCCUGCCGUGCGUUUGGGCCACAUGGCAUGCAUGGUGGAGAAUGAGUGUGAGGAUCCAAGUCAAGAGACCAUCACUUUCCUCUACAAGUUCAUAACGGGUGCGUGUCCUAAGAGUUAUGGAUUCAAUGCUGCUCGACUCGCCAACCUACCAGAGGAAGUUAUCCAGUCAGGACACAGGAAGGCCAGAGAGUUUGAGAAAAGCACCGUCAGUCUCAGACUUUUCAAGAAGCUGUGCCAGUUCGCUGAGGAUGCUGCACCGGACAGCACCCGUUUCACUUCCCUCAUUCAACUGCUCAGUACUCUGUAAACUGUUGUUAAAAAUUCGAUGCAUUUUUGUGUUUGUUUUGUCAUUAAAAAAAAAACACUACUGAAUUGAUCUAAUAAAGUUUAUUUUAAAAAAAUGACAAUGUUUCAUCUAGGAAAUUAAACCCUUUUAAUUCACGCUAGCGCCUACAUAACGGUUAUUGAAUACUUCACAAUAUAUUAAGUCUAGAUGUUAUGAUACAUGCAUACAUUUCAGUCUGUAUGAGAACCCACAAUCACCAGUACACAUGAAUUGGGGGAAGGGGGCAAUAAAACCAAUAAAGCGCUGUAUAUAGAUACUUGUCUCAGCUUCAGUAGAGUAAAAGCCUCUUUAAAUUCUCCAGCAACAUUGGCAAACAAUGGGAAAACGCAUCAAAACUUAUGCUUUCAUAAGACUCGGCUCUUUCAUUUGGAGGACAUAAAGGAAGCCAGAAGUUUGUAACCUAAUGGGCUGUUAAACAGCAUCUGUGCCUGCGACGGUAGCGAAAAAGACACUUGUGUCUAGAUUACUGAACUGAGAUCAAUUCACAAAGUAACAGCCUAAAUGGCCUCAGCUCACAGCUUUUUCAAUGGCAUCUUGAUUGUUCAAUAUUUUAUUGUCAAAUGCUGACCAGGGCCAGAGAUUAUUAAAAAGAAACCUGUCUUAAUUAGCUUAUCAUGGGUUAAUUUCCAAUCAAGAUGCAGUUGCAUGUACAUCUGUACUGUCAGGUCUUCAAUUAAAGUAAUGGUGACAGGCCAACAGAUACUAAACAAAAAAAUAUGCAUAGAUCAUGUAAAGCAGACUGGAACAUCAUCAACAAACAAGAAGAUAUACAAGUCUUGUGAAAGCACAAUUACACAUCUAUUUUUCUGUAUUGCAAGUGUAAAGGAGUCAACAUUGCUGGAGAAAGUGUUUAGUGUUUUCCUCUCUUGUCUCUGAUCUCUUUCACAGAAAGAAGUUAGAUACUGCGACAUGAGUAUAAUUACAGCAAUUCUAGGGUAUAAUAACAAAAAAAAAAAUUAAAACACUUAAUAAAAUAAAGACAUUCAAGUACAGUAAGAUUUUUGCAUGAAAAUACAAAACUACACAAAAAAAGCAUUAAAAUCAAAUCUCAACAGUUGUCUUGAAGAAAAAAAAAAAAAAUGCUGAAGUGCUAGGUCAUUUUUCCCGUACAUAUUAUACGAGCACGUCGGUUGCCCAGUGAUGGAAGCAUUGUUGUAUUUGGGGGCUUUUGCCUUUUCAUGAGACAAGCUGUAACCUCUUCUGACUGACUCUCCAUGGUGGAUCUGUACACUGCAGUAUUCCGUUCAUCCGCUUCCCAAAAGCAGAUAAGCCUCGGUGGAUUUUGUCCAACUCUCACCGGCAUCAUUUA